AUGUCGCCCUCGGGCGACGGCCGACCAGUCUCGAUCCGCUCCCUUCGUCAAACGGACACGGCGUCGUCACUCCGAUUUACCGCCCCUGUCCCCCAGCCAGAGCGGCGGGAUGCGGAGCCCCGAGCCGCACUUGUCGUCGUAUCGGGAUCGAGAGGGAGUGUGUACAGCCGGGAUAGCUAUCGUGAUCGCGGGAGUCGGGCCAGUUCGGCAAUGGGGUAUGCGAAUGGCGGAGGUAGCGUCAUUGGGCACGGUGGUGGUGGUGGAGGAGGAGGGGGAGGGAACAUUGAACUUGCGAUGUGUUUCCGCAUGUGGACCGGACUUGCCUAUUUGGAGGAUGAGAGGCGAAUGAAUGGCAGUGUAGGGCACGAGUACGGCUGA